GGGUUGCGCUCCCGCGAGUGAUCGAAUAACAAGCAAUGGCUCGUACAAAGCAGACUGCCCGUAAAUCCACUGGUGGAAAGGCUCCAAGAAAGCAGCUGGCUACAAAGGCUGCAAGGAAAAGUGCCCCUUCCACAGGUGGUGUGAAGAAGCCACACAGAUACAGGCCUGGCACUGUCGCUUUGAGAGAAAUCAGAAGAUACCAGAAGUCUACUGAGCUGUUGAUCCGAAAACUGCCAUUCCAGCGACUUGUAAGGGAGAUUGCCCAAGACUUCAAGACUGACUUGAGGUUCCAGAGUGCAGCUAUUGGUGCUCUUCAGGAAGCAAGCGAGGCUUAUCUGGUUGGCCUCUUUGAAGAUACCAACCUGUGUGCCAUUCAUGCCAAGAGAGUAACCAUUAUGCCCAAGGACAUCCAGUUAGCCAGAAGAAUUCGUGGGGAGCGUGCUUAAUUUUUUUGAAUUUUUUUUUUACAAAUUGUACAUAAGUGUGAUGUCUUUUUAUUUUAUAAAGGGUUUGUUAACUGUAGAGUAGUUGUUAGUAAGCAUUUUAUAUGACAUUCCCUUAAUCCUCAGGUUUUUCAGAAAUUUGUAUUUGCAGCUAGUCUACUUUUGUGACCCUCUCAUUUAAACCAUAGUGCAUGCCCACGUCAUUCUUUACAUCAUUUAGUAUCUGUUUAACUCCAUUGUAAAUAAACUUUCCACUACCUCA